AUGGCAUUGACGACAGGAGUUUGGAUCACUUCCUUGUUCAUGACAAUAAAGCAAACGGUCUUAUUUAAUCUGACGCCUCAACGCUUGACCUUACAUUAUGUAAAAUCUUCAAGUAUCAUAUCAUCAAGACCUCCUUCUGACUGCUUGGAGCUGUUGGAUUACCCAAGUCAGAUCGAGACAUCCUUAGCAUUUUCCGAACAAAAAGCUACAGCAAACAGUCAGAUGUGUAAGGUUAUCAAAGCAGUCUGUAUGCACUGCGAACGUAUCGAAAAACAACACUCGAAUUGCGAAACCUACAAAAAGCAAAAAUCGUCUUUUCGUAACAAGUUGCUCGGUACUUAUAAAGGGCGAAAGGACUGCGGAUCUGUCCAGAGACUUCCCCUGUCUAGGCCUAGCUGCGACAGAUGUUCUUUCGGCAGCACGGUACUUGCGAGCCAGCGUGUCGGAAAUGGUGCACACCUCUUCUACCGCCUGUUGGUUGAUGAGAGUUUUCAAAAAGAGCAUCACGAUGUUGUAAGUGAAUCAUCCAAAACUGGAAAGAAAUUGUUGAAAUCACAUGGACAUCCUCGUCAUGAGGUGAUAUCGAGCAAAAACUCUGUAUGGUGUCCAGAAUAUUACUAUCAUCCCAAUACCGUAGCUGGAGUGAGCUACAGCCGGCCAAGCGCAGCAGCACCCCCGGUAGCACCACCGCGGGCCCAGGAAAAUACUAAACGGCUUGACGGCCGAUCUCCUGGUAAGUCAUCAUCUCAUAAGUCCUCUCGUGAGACCCGUAAACACAGCGGACACGGUAGCAGGAGUGAGCCUCAUGAGGGCUAUCAGACAAAGGGGUGGGAAGAUGCUCACAACACUUGGAAUGCCCCGGGCGUUUUGAGCGUCUCUGCAGACAGGACACCUGCUUUCGAGAGGAUCGGCGCCCCCUCCCCUUCUCAGCCUUUACAAAAACCAGUCGAGCCGCGGCCGGCACUGAAGCCUCGUGGUCUUCAUCGUGAUAGCUCGGCUGGGUCCCCGCCACCUGCUGAUCGGCCACAGGUACCCAAUGUUAAACAAGGUCUUUCAGCAGCCUAUAAACGUAAGCUUCCAAUGGCUGGGCAGCGCCACGCUGCUACUAGUCCCUCGGGGCCACGGCCGCCUAGACCAGCGUACGAAGUCUACCUCGAUGCGCAAAGAGAGACCGAGAGAGCAUAUGCAUUGCGCCAAUACAAACCAAUUCCAAGGGCACCCCAUAUUCCUGUACACGCCUCAGUCCACACUCGUGAGUUAUUAAACCAAGCUGGGACGAGGAAGAUAUGGAAACGCGUGGCAGGAGAUAUGGGUUUCGGUUUCGGUUUACAUAAUCCCGGGGAGACAGACUCCGAGGUCUCAUUCGCCUGCGGUGCAGCACGUGAGAUCGAGCGUGGCAUCCCGGGAGCAAGGCGAUAG